ACCCGCGGCCCGGGCGCUGCGCCCGGCUCGCGGUAGGGGUCGCUGCUCCGCGGCGCGCGCUCCCACCGCGGUGAAUAACGGGGCCGGGCGGGAGGAGAAAGGAAACCUGCCGGGGAGGCGGCGGCGGCCGGGAGGGAGCGGGCAGCAGAGUUCACUGCUGCUCGGGUGUCAGCGCGCGGCGGCUGCAGCGGGCUCCGCCGCGGAAGCACCCAGGGAGCCGGUCGCCCAGCUCCGGGCGGCCAGGGGAGGGCCGCGAGAGGCCGGAUCCGAGCGCGCCGGCGGGGCGCGAAGCCGGCGAGCCUGGCCAGCGAGGGGAGCCGCGGGGGGCGCGCCCCAGGCGGGCCCCCGGAGCCGCGCAGGAUGCCGCAUGAGGAGCUGCCGUCCCUGCAGAGGCCGCGCUAUGGCUCUAUUGUGGAUGAUGAAAGGCUCUCUGCAGAGGAGAUGGAUGAGAGGAGGCGGCAGAACAUCGCUUAUGAAUAUUUGUGCCACCUAGAAGAAGCCAAAAGGUGGAUGGAAGUCUGCUUAGUUGAAGAAUUGCCACCAACCACUGAACUGGAAGAAGGGCUCCGGAAUGGAGUUUAUCUUGCAAAGUUAGCCAAGUUCUUUGCCCCCAAAAUGGUAUCAGAGAAAAAGAUCUAUGAUGUGGAACAAACACGUUAUAAGAAGUCCGGCCUUCAUUUUCGACAUACAGAUAACACCGUCCAGUGGUUAAGAGCAAUGGAGUCUAUCGGUCUACCCAAGCUUCUUCUGAUGUCCAAAAGAAAAUUGCACUUGAGUACCAAGUACUCCCAUAUGAUAUUUUAUCCAGAAACAACAGAUGUCUAUGACCGGAAAAACAUACCAAGAAUGAUCUAUUGCAUUCAUGCACUGAGUUUAUAUCUGUUCAAACUAGGAAUAGCACCCCAGAUCCAGGAUUUGUUGGGCAAAGUAGACUUCACAGAGGAAGAAAUCAGUAAUAUGAGAAAGGAACUCGAGAAAUAUGGAAUACAAAUGCCAUCUUUCAGCAAAAUAGGUGGUAUUCUGGCUAAUGAACUGUCUGUGGAUGAAGCUGCUUUGCAUGCUGCAGUUAUCGCCAUUAAUGAGGCUAUUGAAAAAGGGGUAGCAGAACAGACCAUUACAACACUGAGGAACCCAAAUGCAGUUUUAACUUCAGUGGAUGACAGCCUUGCACAGGAAUAUCAGAGAGAACUCUGGGAAGCAAAAAAGAGAAAAGAGGAAACCGCCAGACUGAAGAAUAACUGUGUUUCAGAAGAAGAAAGAGACGCGUAUGAAGAAUUGCUGACCCAAGCGGAAAUCCAAGGCAAUGUCAAUGAAGUCAACAGGAAGGCUGCAGUGGACCACAUUAAUGCUGUCAUUCGAGAAGGUGACCCUGAAAAUACCCUGCUUGCACUGAAGAAACCAGAGGCCCAGCUGCCUGCUGUUUAUCCCUUUGCUGCUGUGAUGUACCAGGAUGAACUUCUCAACCUCCAGAAACAGAGCGCCAUGAACUACUUGGCCCAUGAGGAGCUCCUGAUUGCGGUGGAAAUGCUCUCUGCUGUUGCUUUGCUAAACCAGGCCUUGGACAGCCAUGAUCUUGUGUCUGUUCAGAAUCAACUCAGAGGCCCAACAACAGGUUUCAAUAAUCUGGACGAGGCAUAUGUGGAACGUUAUGCAAAUGCACUGCUCUCAGUUAAACUGGAAGCCUUAUCUCAAGGGCAAGUUAAUUUAAGCUGGAAUGAAAUUCAAAAUUGUAUCGAUAUGGUUAAUACUGAAAUUCAAGAAGAAAAUGACCGAAUUAUAGCUGUAGGGCAUAUCAAUGCAGCUAUUGAUGAAGGGAAUGCUUUGAAAACUUUAGAUGCUCUGCUGUUACCUACUGCUAAGAUUAAAGAUGUGGACCCAGACUAUGCUCAGCACUACCAGGAUGUUUUAUACAACGCUAAAUUGCAGAAACUCAUGGACUGUGAGAGUGUUUCUAAAGUCCUCUGGCUGGAUGAGAUACAGCAUGCUGUCAAUGAGGCUAACCUGGACAAGGACAAAGCAAGACAGUGGGUUACACUGGUCAUUGAUGUUAAUCAGUGUUUGGAGAAACAAAACUCAAGUGAUAUUUUGUCUGUUUUGAAGUCUUCCAUUGAUAAUACAAAUGACAUAAUCCCUGAGUGUGCUGACAGAUACUAUGAUGCCCUUGCGAAAGCAAAAGAACGAAAAUCAAAAAGUGUGUCUACUGAAGGUCCAUGGCUCAAACUCAUGCUGCAGGACAAAUAUGAGUAUUACUACAACAUCGAUUCAAAAGAGAGUUCCUGGGCCUUACCUGAAACAUGCUUGCUUAGAGAAUCAUGGCUCAUGCCAAAAGAAAUUGAGGACAUUGUUGAGGAUGUCACAGUGAAUCACAUUCGUGAGAAUAUGUGGUCUGCUUCCGAAGAUUUGCUUCUUCGCUUUAAAGCUACAAGUGCAGGAUCGCUCCUUAGAAAAGAGUAUGAAGCUAGGAAAUCGUAUUUGUAUGACCAAGAAGAGCAUGUGGUCAAAAUACAGGCUUUUUGGAAGGGACAUAAACAACGGACAGAAUAUAUGUGCAGGCGGCAAACAUUCAUUGAUAAUAUUGCUUCUAUUAUGAAGAUUCAGUCCUGGUUCCGGAUGUUAGCAGCACGAAAAAAUUACCUUGCACGACUGCAGUAUUUCAGAGAUCAUAAAAAUGAAAUUGUGAAAAUCCAGUCACUUUUGAGAGCAAGUAAAGCUAGAGAUGACUACAAAACACUGGUUGGCUCUGAAAACCCACCAUUAACAGUAAUCCGAAAAUUUGUACACCUGCUGGACCAAAGUAACCUGGAUUUCCAGGAGGAGCUGGAGGUUGCACGAUUAAGGGAAGAAGUGGUGACCAAGAUCAGAGGCAAUCAACAGCGGGAGAAAGACCUGAACCUGAUGGACAUCAAGAUUGGGCUCCUGGUGAAGAACAGGAUCACGCUAGAGGAUGUGAUUUCACACAGAACAAAGCUGAAUAAGAAAAAAGGUGGAGAAAUUCAAGUACUGAAUAGCAUCGACAACCAAGGAAUCAAAAGUUUGAGUAAGGAGAGGCGAAAAACCCUGGAAACAUAUCAGCAGCUGUUUUAUCUUUUACAGACCAAUCCUUUAUACCUGGCUAAGCUGAUUUUCCAGAUGCCACAGAACAAGUCAACUAAAUUUAUGGAUACUGUUAUUUUCACACUAUACAAUUAUGCUUCUAAUCAGCGAGAAGAGUAUCUACUCCUCAAGCUUUUUAAGACUGCUCUGGAGGAAGAAGUUAAAUCAAAGGUGGACCAGGUACAGGACAUAGUUACUGGGAACCCUACAGUCAUCAAGAUGGUCGUCAGCUUCAACAGAGGUGCCCGUGGACAGAACACGCUGCGCCAGCUCCUGGCUGCAGUGGUGAAAGAGAUCAUUGACGACAAGUCCCUGGUCAUCAAUACAAACCCCGUAGAGGUGUACAAGUCCUGGGUGAACCAGCUAGAAACACAGACUGGAGAGGCCAGCAAGCUGCCUUACGAUGUUACCACAGAACAAGCUCUAACAUACCCAGAAGUGAAAAAUAAACUGGAGGCAUCCAUUGAGAACCUGAGAAAGGUCACCGACAAAGUCCUGAAUUCUAUCAUUUCUUCCCUUGAUCUACUGCCUUAUGGAUUGAGGUAUAUAGCCAAAGUACUGAAGAAUUCCAUCCAUGAGAAAUUUCCCGAUGCAACAGAAGAUGAGCUAUUAAAGAUUGUUGGAAACCUCCUAUACUAUCGGUACAUGAACCCAGCUAUCGUGGCUCCUGACGGCUUUGACAUCAUAGACAUGACAGCUGGAGGUCAGAUAAAUCCCGACCAAAGGAGGAACUUGGGAUCAGUGGCCAAGGUUCUUCAGCACGCAGCCUCCAACAAGCUGUUUGAAGGAGAAAAUGAGCAUCUCUCAUCAAUGAACGAUUAUUUAUCAGAGACAUAUGAGGAGUUCAGGAAAUAUUUCAAAGAAGCAUGUAAUGUUCCUGAGGCAGAAGAAAAGUUUAAUAUGGAUAAAUACACAGAUGUGGUGACAGUCAGCAAGCCGGUCAUUUACAUUUCAAUUGAAGAAAUCAUCAGCACACAUUCCCUCCUGUUGGAACACCAGGAUGCAAUUGCACCCGAAAAGCAUGACUUACUGAAUGAACUGCUGGAAUUACUGGGAAAGGUACCUAAUGUGGAAUCUUUUCUUGGGGAAGGUGCAGUUGACCCCAGUGACCCUAACAAGGAAAAUACACUAAGUCAACUCUCAAAGACUGAGAUUUCCCUUUAUUUGACAAGCAAGUACGACUUAGCGGAUGGUGAAGCUAUAGAUGGCCAAAGCCUCAUGAUAAAGACCAAAAAGCUGAUAAUUGAUGUGAUCCGGAACCAGCCAGGGAACACGUUGACAGAAAUCUUAGAGACACCAGCAACUACACAACAGGAAAUAGAUCAUGCAAAAGACAUGGCGAGCCGUGCAAUUAUAGAUUCCAGGACUCCAGAAGGAAUGAAGCAUAGCAAGUCUAUGGUUGAAGAUGCACAGCUGCCCCUUGAGCAGAAGAAGAGGAAAAUCCAGAGGAAUCUUCGGACUUUGGAACAGACUGGACACGUGUCAUCUAAAAAUAAAUACCAAGACAUUCUCAAUGAGAUUGCCAAGGAUAUUCGAAACCAAAGAAUCUAUCGAAAGCUUCGAAAAGCUGAAUUGGCAAAACUUCAGCAAACCCUGAAUGCACUUAAUGAGAAGGCAGCAUUUUAUGAAGAGCAAGUUAAUUAUUAUGACACCUACAUAAAGACUUGUUUAGACAACUUAAAAAGAAGAAAUUCUCGGAGAUCAAUUAAACUAGAUGGAAAAGGAGAGCCCAAAGGGGCAAAGAGAGCGAAGCCGGUGAGGUACACCGCGGCAAGGCUGCACGAGAAGGGUGUCCUGCUGGGGAUAGACGAUCUUCAGACAAACCAGUUUAAAAAUGUUAUAUUUGACAUCAUAUCUACUGAAGAUGUGGGCAUCUUCGAUGUCAGGUCAAAAUUCCUGGGUGUUGAGAUGGAAAAGGUGCAGCUCAAUAUUCAGGAUUUACUUCAGAUGCAGUAUGAAGGAGUAGCUGUAAUGAAAAUGUUUGAUAAGGUUAAAGUGAACGUUAACCUUCUAAUAUACCUGCUGAACAAGAAAUUCUAUGGAAAGUGAAGUGCCUGCAAAAACUUCCUGGAUUCUGUAUCACCUAGAUUGGGAAACAAAUCUGUUUAGCAUUUUUGUUUUUAAACUUGAUUGAAAUCACUGCUUAUAAAUGUGUGACUUUUUUUUUAAAACAAAAGACCAAAACUUUCCCGAAGAAUGUACCCAUGUGCCUUUUUGAUCAUUUGAUACUAUAGGAGAACAAUACACAAAAUGAAUUAAUGUAAACACUUUCACAUUAUACUGUGGUAUAGGUACUUUGAUUUAAAACUUUGGACAUUCUGUGAUUUAAAGUAGGGAGAAAAUUAAUUUAGUUGACUAGAGACAUGUGUAAACCUAUUUUCCUAUGAAAAAAUUUUAAAUGUUCCAUUUGAGUAAUGUAAUUCUUCAUAGGUCGUUUUUUUUUUAAUCUGUGAAGAAAUGGAAACCUAAUUAUUUGUAAUGAAUUAUUUAGACAGCCCCGCCUUCUGGGAGUUAUCAAUUUUAAAGAGAACUUUUGUGCAAUUCAAAAUGAAGUUUUUAUAAAUAAUUGAAAGUGACAAUACAGUAACACUUUCUGUAUAAAAGUACAUAUUUUAUGUGAUUUAUUCCUACUAAAUAAGUGCACUACUGCCUCAUGGUAAAGACUCUAAUACCCAGAGCCUUUAAGUGACUAAGGAACACCGGGGAUAGUGAUCUUAAGUCUCCACCUCCACCCCUCCAAUUUAUUUGAAUACUUCAAUUGUGCCUCUCAAUUUUUUGUAAUGCAAUAAGUCAGUGUCUAGAUGGUUUUUAAAUGUAUUCUUUGAAAAUUGUUUUAUGUAAAAUAAAUUACUGAAUUACAUUAA